AGAUAAAAAUCAUCACGCACGAAAAAAAUCUUAUGGACUUCCUGUUGGUGAAUCCUGUUUUUGUUUUUUUCUGUUUUUGAUUCGGUAAAGACAAACUUUGCAGAGGUACGAAGGAACUGCCAGAACCCACUCGGCAACACGGUUUGCCUAAGGCAUAAAGACCCAUACCCAAAUCAGACAACAGGAGCUGUGCAUCUUUUAACUCCAGGGAUUUAUUAAAUACUUUUUUUUUUUUUUUUUUUUUUGGAGCUCAGAAAGUGAAUCUGCUUUUAGCACAAGAUGGAGUCUACAAGAUGUAGGUCUCAGCAGCUGAUUGUUUUUGCUGUUGUCUUCCUUGGUGCCCUUCAAAAUUGGAUUGUUGGUGCUGACCUCACUUUUACUUUGCCUGACAGUGUAGACAAUUUUGAAAAGAUCACAGAUCGCUCAACGGGGGAAUUUUCUGUUCAACAUUCUACAUAUUCAGCUCCAUAUAAAGAAGGACCUGAACAUAAAUCUUCGUUUUUGGAUCCAAAAGAUUAUCGCCAUCCUUCACUGGAGUCAUCCAGAUUUGAUCCAGCCUCCCAUGUCCAACAGAAACACAUGAUAUACCCUAGUGAUCUUUUUCCUAUUGAGGAUAGAAGACAUGGAUGGGUGGCCCUGCAUGUUUUUGGGAUGAUCUAUGCUUUUGUGGCACAUUUAAUUGUGUGCGAUCAGUUUUUUGUUCCUUCUCUGGGGGUCAUCAUGGAAAAGUUGGCCAUCUCAGGUGAUGUUGUUGGAGUCCUCUUCAUGGCUGCAGGAACAUCCAUCCCAUCAUUCAUUACCAAGCUAAUCCAAGUCUUCUACUAUCACUACAAUUUAACUGUGAACAUUAACCCAGAGAUUGGCUCUAUAGCUUAUAGAAGCUUAUUUGUGAUUGGAACAUGUGCUAUGUUUUCUAGAAAGGUUCUCCUUGUACGCUCCUGGCCAUUUUUCAGAGACUUAUCAUUUAACAUGCUUGGUUUCAUCCUACUGAUCAUUUUCUUGUUGGAUAGUGUUGUCGCAUGGUGUGAAAGUGUGAUUCUGGUAACCGUUUUUGUACUCUACAUCACCUUUUUGACAUAUGAUGAGAAUGCGGAACAAAUAAUGAAGACCCAACUCCAGAAAAUCAAAGGGGUGAUGAAAGCUUCAUUUGUGAAGAAAUGUGAAAAGGUGAUGCCGGUAGAGGUGUGUAUACCCAAAGGUGAGGAUGAUGCAAAAAGCCCUGGAGACUGUGAUGAAGAAUGUGGCAAUGAAAACAAUGGUGGAUGCCAUGAAAAGAAGUUUGUUGAGAGCAAAUUACUACAAGGAGGUACAUCUCUGUCUUUACAAGUGCCCGACAAAUGGCAGGAACAAAUCACCUACGUCAUCCUGUUGCCAAUCAUCCUUCCUCUGUGGCUCACACUUCCCAAUAUUCGUAGUCAGAAAGCCAGAAAAUUCUUUGUGCUGACCUUCCUUGCUUCCAUUGUGUGGAUUGGCAUCUUCUCCUACCUUUUGAGGUGGUGGGCUCAUCAGGUGGAUGAGACAUUUGAUGCGAUGGGUCAGAUAAGAUUCGUGGAAGGAUUGAUAUUCAGCUCUGAUUUUAUAACUAGUCUAAUAGUGGCUCAUAAAGGCCUGGGAGACAUGGUUGUGUCCAGUAAUUUAGGCUGUAGCAUCUUUAUUGUGACUCUAUUUUUACCAGUGGAAUGGUUCCUCUACUCAGUCAUCCAUGGUUUCUCCCCUGUGGCUAUCUCGACUGAAGGUCUCUUCUGUGCCAGUAUCCUCCUCUUCGUCGUGCUCCUUGCUGCUGUCAUCUCCAUUAUAUUUUUUAAGUGGAGGAUUGAGAAAAGUCUUGGCCUCAUCUUGGACCUUCUCUUCCUUAUUUUUGUGAUCAUCAGAAUAUUGAUGGUGUUUGAAAUCAUUACAUGCCCUGUGUAAAAAACAAACAAAAAAAAAAAACUCGAAAUAUGUUUUUGUAUUUUCUUGGAUUCUUCUCUAUAAAACUGAUGCAUCCUGACAUCUGCAAGGGUUUAAAGAAAGAAGUUUAAAAGCGUGAUAAUGAAAUUAUCAAUAUACCUGUCGAGUACACUUCAUAAAUAUAAAUAUACAUAUUAGAUUUUAAGGAACUCAUGUCUAUAUAGCUGCAGUUUUAACUACAAACUUGGCCCAUAGUGAAAAAGUUACUGUCACUUUUUCUAAUUGAAGCCAACUGCCAUCAAUUGUUUGCAGGAACUUGCAGAGAGUCUUUCAUUGCUGAUGAGGAAUUUUGGUCCACUCUUCUUUAAAGGCUUGUUUAAUUCAGCAGUAUUACAAAAGUAUUGAUCAUGAUUAGCCCCAUUCUGGUCAUGCCACUGCAUCUCAAUCCAAUUUAGGUCCAAACUUUCACUAGAUUACUCCAAAACCUUCAAAACAUCCCACACCAUUCAGAGGUGGACUUGCUAGUGGCCCAUUGUGCCUAAUGUACCCUCAUCAGUUCAAAGAAGUCUUUUCUUUCUUUAGACAUGUCAAGACAUGAUGUGUUGUUUUUGGAGAACUUAAGUUACAUUUUGUUGUCAGACAGGUUUUUGUUGAAGUGCUUUGUUGAUUCUACAGGUUACAGGCCUCCGUGUAAAAUUGUAAAAUCAAACAACCAAAAAAUAGGAUCAAUAAUGAUUUUUUUUUAAAAAAUGGGCUGAGUUUUGUAAAUAAUUUGAAAACUGCUUUUCACUUGCACUCUAGUUAUCUUAGUCAGCCAAUUUAUAUCAUGAUCUAAAACAUAUUGUGACUAAAAAUGCAAAACAAAGAAAAUCUAUAUUAAAGGAAAUACUUUAUAAGAAUAUAAAAUAGUUUUUUGUGUACUUUUUAACAAC